AUGGGAGAUAAGAAAGUUGCUAAAGUCAUGUUGGAUGUGGGAGCAAGUAUUAACUUGAUGUCAUACUCAAUAUAUACAGAACUUGGAGUGGGAGAAUUGAAACCAACUACCAUGUCUCUACAACUUGCUGAUAGGUCAAUAAAAUAUCCAAGAGGCACAGUGGAAGAUUUGCUAAUUCAGGUAGGAAAACUGAUAAUCACUGCUGACUUUGUGGUUCUUGACAUUAAAAAUACACCAGCAAGGGAUAAUGAGCAAACAAUACUCCUUGGUAGAUCUUUCAUGACAACUACCAAAAUAGUUAUUGAUGUGCAUAAUGGGAAGCUGACUAUGACAGUUUUAGGAGAGACUGUAGAAUUCAAAGUGUUUGAUUCUCUAACUCUAUCUCCUAGUAUUACAAUUGAUGAAUGUCCAUAUGGUGAUUGUAUGGAUUAUUUUGUUUAUGAAACUUAUUUACAAGAUAUGGAUGAUAAGUUAGAAAUUGCAUUAACAUUGAAAAAAAUUGAAGAAAAAUUAGACGAGGAAGUCUUAGACUUUCGUGAUAAGUUAGAUGAAGCUAUUCUAGUGUCACUUGAUGAAAACACUAUUGAGCUUUUAGAUUCUCUCAUUGGAAAAGAAUUACAAAUUAUUAAUGAACCACCUAAACUUGAGCUUAAGAAGUUGCCUAACAUACUUAAAUAUGUCUUCUUGGGAGAAGGAAAUAGAUACCCAGUAAUUGUAGCUUUUGAUCUUUCUUCUUCAGAAGAAGAGGCAACUAUUAGAGAAUUAAGAAGACUUAAGAAGGCUAUUGGUGGAGAUUUCUGA